AUGUUGGCAGCCCUGAACGACUACCGGGAGUUUCACUCGUCUCCGCCAUUAAAAUGGAGCGAUAAACUCGCAUCUUCUGCCGACAAGUUAGCGGCGGAGCUGAGCCGGCAACUAAAUUGCAACAUCCCGCUGUAUUAUCGCAACGAACUGGGAACCAACUACCUCUCCGCAGCCCUGGACGGGUUCAGCGAGGCGGUAGCGGCACAGUUCUGGUACGAGGGGCACACCGACUACGACUUUGAGAACGGUGGGCCAUUGAACCGGAACCCCAACGUGCUAUCGUUCACGCAACUGGUCUGGAAGUCGUCGCAGGAAGUGGGCUGCGGCGUCGCGUGCUGCGACGGCCGGCAGGUAGUGCUCAUCUGCCGGUUCAACCCGCCCGGCAACACCCAGGGCCACUUCACCAGCAACGUCCAGGAGAAGUUCGAACGGCUCAAUGAUGUCGUAAAAGAAGUACCAUACGAACUCUAG